GCAAAUACGCGUGCGUAAUGCGCGGAGCGGGGCCCGCGUGUCUGGUUGCCUGGAUACCGCUACGCAACAGUACCUAGCGGGCAGAGCGGCAGCUUCUGCUGAGUCUCUGCCCGGUCAGUUGGCCCUUAUUUGCCCGGAGCCAGAGGAGGAGCUGGCCGUCGCGGACCGCCGGAGCUAUGCCGCUUCCCGACACCAUGUUCUGCGCGCAGCAGAUCCACAUUCCCCCUGAGCUGCCGGACAUCCUGAAGCAGUUCACUAAGGCUGCCAUCCGCACGCAGCCCACCGACCUGCUGCAGUGGUCCGCGGGGUACUUUUUAGCUUUGUUGCAUGGAGAUCCGCUUCCUAUAAAGGACAGAGUGGAAAUGCCCAUGGCAACCCAGAAGACAGACACAGGCCUGACCCCAGGGCUCCUGAAAGUCCUGCACAAGCAGUGCAGCCAUAAGCCCUAUGUGGCCCUGACCGACCUGGAGCAGAAGUGGCGGACGCUGUGCCUGCCUGUGCAGAGGCUGUGGGCGCUGCUGCAGUUGGACCCCUUCGAGGACCAGAUCGAGUGGCUCAAGUUCCUGGCCCUGGGCUGCAGCACGCUGGGUGGGUCCCUGAACAAGGCCAUGAAGCACUUCUGCGAGAUCCUCACCACCGACCCCGAGGGCGGCCCAGCCCGCAUCCCCUUCGACACCUUCUGCUACGCCUACCGCUACCUGUCCCGGCUGGACUCGGACGUCUCGGAGCUGGACACGGAGUCGUACCUCGCCUCCCUGAAGGACAGAGUGGAAAACAAUGCCAAGUCCGUGCUGAUGAAGGGGAGCCCCUGCUGGGGGUGGCGGUGCACACCUGUAAUUCCAGAUCUUGGGAGACUGAGGCAGGAGGAUCUAUGUGCCUUUAAGGCCAGCUACACGAUUCCUGUUCCCGCCCGCGCUGGACCACACAAUCCUGAGAUCCUCGGCGACUCGGCCAGCCAGCCCGGAGUUCCCACCAGAGUCUCUGGCAGAGGUCGGGGAGGGGUAUCCCCAGCUUCAGAAUCGACCCCCAUUUCCCAGAAAUGUCACAAACCACAGGCUUGCCUUUCAUGGGACUUGAAAUUUCCAAAUAGACCAACCCAAUGUAACGUUUCUAUCCUUUUUGUGUUUGCGGCACUGGGGAUUGAAGUCAAGGCUUUUGCGCGGACCUAGAGCACCCCCGGCCCGUUUUUCACGGUCUAUUUUGAGGCAGGGGCUUGCUGCAUGGCCACACGGCCCAGCCCGGGCUCGAUCUUGUGGCCUUCCCGCCUCAGCCUCCCCAGUACUGAGAUUGCAGGCAGUCGCCGCCCCCCUCUGUCUUUUUAAAACCUGACAAAGAACCCCCAAGAAUUAGCCAGCAUGUUCCAGAACACUUCCUACCAAGUUCCCUAAAAUAAGCGCAUUAGUCA